ACGGCGGUCCGCCGCCGCCGACAUCGUGUCGCGCUCGUGUGUGCGCAGCCUGUUGUGAGCGCGUGGCCGCCCGGACCGUUGUAGUCGUCGUCGUCGUCGUAGCAGCAGCCGGUGGUGGGACGCGCGCGCAAAGGGUCUUGGCCGGGAACGCGCACUGGACGUGAAGCCGUCCAACGAACGCCUUUGGACCUUUUUCGACGUGCCGCCGUGUUACGUGUUCGUAACGGAAUCGCAUCGUCGUCGGUCGCACCAGGCUCCCAGCUCCGUUCCGCUCCAGUUCCGUUCCGCUCCGACCGCACGGACGACAUGGCCACAGCAUCUUCCGGCACGUGGUCCACCCCGACUGGACAAAAAAUCGAAGAAACUGCCGUCGAAGAGCCGCCGACUUGCGAGUCACCAGAACCUAUGUCUUGUUAUCUGCACCAUGAUCCCGAUCAUCCGAUGUCGUCAUUUUCCGUUAUCAACAAGAUGCGAGUCAACAUCCAACUCUGCGACGUUUCACUUCGAGUCGGCAACAGCGUAACGAAAGCCCACCGGUUGGUGCUGGCCUCUUCCAGUCCUUACUUUUACGCCAUGUUCAACGACGACAUGGCCGAGAAACUACAAUCCGAAGUCGAACUGCACGACGUGGACUUGGGUGCUUUGCAACUACUAGUCGAGUACUCGUACACCGGUCAAGUUUACAUAACCGAUGAAAACGUUCAGGUACUGUUGCCCGCGUCGUCUCUGCUCCAGAUCAACUCGGUCCGGGACGCGUGUUGCACGUUCCUGAUGAAACAGUUGCAUCCGACCAAUUGCCUGGGGAUCAGGCAGUUCGCUGAAACGCACUCGUGCAAUGAGCUGAGAACCCGGUCGCACCGUUACGCAUUGCAAAACUUCGAAGAAGUAGUGAAAACCGAAGAGUUUCUCUUUCUAUCGUUUUCUGAGAUCGAAGAUUUGGUGUCCAACGACAAAUUGAAUGUGGUGUCCGAAGAACAAGUUUUCGUGGCCGUCAUGGACUGGAUCAAACAUAACCCUGUUGAACGGUCGCAACACAUUGCACAGCUUUUGGGACACGUGCGGCUGGCCCAAAUGUCAAAAAUGUUCCUGUUGAACGUGGUGGAAACGGAACCGCUGGUGCGCAGCGAGCCUAGUUGUAAGGACCUGUUGUUGGGUGCCAUGAAGUACCAUCUGUUGCCGGAUCAAAGAUCCGAUUUCGCCAGCAAACAGACCGAGCAACGGAGUCCUGACGGUCUGAUGCCGUACAUCUUCGCCAUCGGGGGUGGUAGCCUGUUCACCAUUCACAGCGCCGGCGAGUGUUACAACCCCAGGCACGACCGUUGGCUGCCGAUCGCGCCCAUGUCCAAGUGCAGGAGUCGCGCAGGUAUCGUAUCAUUGGGCAAGCUGAUCUACGCCAUCGGAGGAUACGACGGCAUAGUGGAUCUGUCCUCGGCCGAGUGCUACGACCCGAACUGCAACAAAUGGUCGGCGGUCACGUCGCUGGGCACGAAGAGGAGCUGUCUGGGCAUCAGCGCGAACCACGGGCUGCUGUACGUGUGCGGCGGUUUCGACGGCGCGUCGUGCCUGAGCAGCGUGGAACGGUACGACCCGCUGACCGGCGUUUGGUCGUCUUGCCCCAGCAUGACCACCCGUCGACGGUAUUGUCGCGUAUCCGUCGUUGACAACUGUUUGUACGCUUUGGGCGGCUUCGACUCGACCAACUACCAGUCGACCGUCGAGAGGUACGACCCGAGGAUGAGCAAAUGGAUGACGGUGCCGGCCAUGAGCAGCAGGCGCAGCAGUUGCGCCGUGGCUACGCUGGACGACAUGCUUUACUGCGUAGGAGGCAACGACGGAACGAUGUGUAUGUCGAGCGGCGAACGUUUGAACGUCAGACGCAACGCGUGGGAGCCCAUCGCCACUAUGCAGUGUCGCAGGGCCACUCACGACAUGGUGGAGCUGGACGGCGGUUUGCUGGUGCUGGGCGGCAACGACAGCAACUCGAGCCUGCACUCGACGGAACGGUACGACCCGCGGAUCAACCGGUGGACCAUGUCAACGCCGAUGCCGACGCGCCGAAGCUCGGUGGGCGCCGCGAUGCUGUAUUGUUUCAACAUGGACGCCAAGCUGACGAUCGCGGCCGCGGCGGCCGCGGGGAACGGCGCCCUGGGGACGGUGGGCGGCCAGUGCGUGGCCGGUUCGGGCGCCGCAUCCGUCACCCACUCGCCGUACAAGUCGACGGCCACGUCCGUAUGAUUGCCGUGGUCGACCUCCAGCGGUUGGCGGUCGAACAGUACCGAACGUUCUCACUCGUUGCCCAACUAGUGGACGCGGGCGCCGAUGAACCACCACCCCGUCGUCCGCGCCGCAAACAUACCGACCCUCGUCUCCCCAUCGACGGAACGGUUGAGUGGGGGGGGAAGUACACGGUUUCGUCGUUACGUCUCGCCAAAGUGUUCAACGCUUCGCUGUCGCCCCCGGUCACCCCUUACACGGUUAUCCGUCGGCCGUCGUUAAUUAUAACCAUAUCUCGUUUUCGCGUAAUCGACCGACGGACAAACUGGUGUGCUGCUAUAGCGUGCGGUUUUUCGCACGCCAUCGUGUGUUCGCUUUUUUUUCCCAAUCGUGUGAUUUUAUACUUAAAAAAUACUUUACUAUAUAGGUGCACUCGGGAACCCAAACGAAUUCCGGACGGACUAACUGCCGAUAGUAGUUCACUGUUUCAAACGGUCUGUUUACAUGACACGUUCGAUAUUGUUAAUAUUACACGCGCCGCAUUAUUCCGGGGACCAAAAUUCUCAUCUCGUGUAAAUACAACGCAUCCGUGUGUUAAUAUAACAUAACUACUCAAUAUUGAUUUUCAUUGGUUCCUAAUAAAAUUACCAUGUUUUUUUUUUUUUUUAGGCACAUUUUUUUUGUACCAACAGAUUUAACGCAAGUCCUUUAGUUAUAUACGUAUAUAUAUAUAUAUAUAUAUAUAUAAAAUUUAGCGUGUCAAAUUUUCUUUAGCGAUUUUGUUGUGUACCUUAUACGUUAUUCGUAUUACUAUACCUACUGUUUAAUCUAAUGGAUAAUAAUAAUAAUAUUAAUUUGUUUGCC